CUUUAAACACCGUCGCAGCGAGGGCUGGCCACAUGUGCCUGCCGCCGCCGCCGCCUGCCCGCCGCUGAGCCCCGCGCCCGCACGGCCCCGCUCGCCACCCCGCGCCCGCGGGGGCACCCGGCCCCCUCCGUCCCGCAGCUGGCGCCCGGCGAGCCCCGCCGGCUGAGGUGAGAUACUUUCAGUAGAACAAACGUUCAGAAACAGAAGUCCUUACUCUUGUUUCCCUGGUAUCAAGGACUCAUCAGGCACCAUCUUCAGUCUCUCUCUUAAAUAUUUUUGGCCAAGAAGGAGAGCUUUCUUCAGUGCUUGUGCAUCUGUCUCAGCUGAACUCUACUUCCUUACUGUUUUUCUUGUAUUACAAAUGCCUAAGAACAGCAAGGUAGUGAAAAGAGAACUGGAUGAUGAGGUCAUUGAGUCAGUUAAGGACCUUCUCUCUAAUGAAGACUCGUCAGAUGAUGCCUUUAAGAAGAGUGAACUUAUGGUUGAUGACCAGGAAGAAAAAGAUGCAGAUGUUGAAGAAGGCUCAGAUGUAGAAGAUGAAAGACCUGCUUGGAACAGCAAACUCCAGUAUAUUCUGGCACAAGUUGGAUUUUCUGUGGGAUUGGGGAAUGUGUGGCGGUUCCCGUAUCUGUGUCAGAAAAAUGGUGGAGGUGCCUAUCUUGUGCCAUACUUAAUCUUGCUACUGAUAAUAGGGAUUCCACUCUUUUUCUUGGAGCUUGCUGUGGGGCAGAGAAUCCGCCGAGGGAGUAUUGGUGUGUGGAAUUAUAUCAGUCCCAAACUUGGAGGAAUUGGAUUUGCAAGCUGCGUAGUGUGUUUCUUUGUGGCCCUGUACUACAAUGUCAUUAUUGGAUGGAGUCUGUUUUACUUUUCCCAGUCUUUUCAGCAUCCAUUACCAUGGGACCAGUGUCCUUUAGUUAAAAAUACAUCUCAUACCUUUGUGGAGCCAGAGUGUGAAAAAAGUUCUGCAACCACUUAUUACUGGUACAGAGAAGCACUGAAUAUUUCCAGCUCUUUGUCAGAGAGCGGGGGUUUAAACUGGAAGAUGACUAUCUGCUUGCUGGCUGCCUGGGUCAUGGUAUGCCUAGCCAUGAUCAAAGGCAUUCAGUCUUCAGGCAAAAUCAUGUAUUUUAGUUCCCUUUUUCCUUAUGUGGUACUUCUAUGCUUUCUGAUCAGAGGACUGCUCCUUAAUGGGUCAGUGGAUGGAAUUCGUCACAUGUUCACACCAAAGCUUGAAAUUAUGCUGGAGCCCAAGGUCUGGAGAGAAGCUGCUACUCAGGUGUUCUUUGCCUUAGGGCUUGGAUUUGGUGGAGUCAUUGCCUUUUCAAGCUACAACAAGAGAGACAACAACUGCCAUUUUGAUGCUGUACUGGUGUCCUUCAUCAAUUUUUUCACUUCUGUGCUGGCAACUUUGGUGGUGUUUGCAGUUCUGGGCUUCAAAGCAAAUAUCAUAAAUGAGAAAUGUGUUAUCCAGAAUUCAGAGAAGAUUUUAAAACUUUUGAAAAUAGGCAAUCUGAGCCAGGAUAUGAUCCCACAUCAUAUCAAUUUCUCAAGCAUUACAGCAGAAGAUUACAAUUUAGUUUAUGACAUUAUUCAGAAAGUUAAAGAAGAAGAGUUUGAUUCUCUCGGUCUGAAAUCUUGUCAAAUUGAAGAUGAACUCAACAAGGCGGUUCAAGGAACUGGUUUAGCUUUUAUUGCCUUUACAGAAGCAAUGACCCACUUCCCUGCUUCUCCCUUCUGGUCAGUCAUGUUCUUCCUCAUGUUGGUAAAUUUGGGACUUGGAAGUAUGUUUGGAACCAUUGAAGGCAUCAUCACACCCAUUGUUGAUACCUUCAAAGUCAGGAAGGAAAUUCUUACUGUCAUCUGCUGCUUGGUAGCAUUUUUUAUUGGCCUGAUCUUUGUGCAGCGCUCUGGAAAUUAUUUUGUGACGAUGUUUGAUGACUACUCAGCUACUCUGCCCCUGCUUAUUGUGGUCAUUUUGGAGAAUAUUGCAGUCACCCGAAUUUAUGGAAUAGACAAAUUUAUGGAGGAUCUGAAAGAUAUGCUUGGGUUUUCUCCAAGCCAGUAUUAUUACUACAUGUGGAAGUAUGUUUCACCUUUAGUAUUGUUAUGUUUGCUGGUAGCUAGCAUUGUCCAAAUGGGAUUAAGUCCUCCUGGCUACAAUGCUUGGAUUGAAGAUACGGCUAUGGAAGAGUUCCACAGCUAUCCAACAUGGGGAAUGAUUGUCUGUAUAUCUCUGAUGGUGUUGGCCAUACUGCCAGUCCCAAUAGUCUUCAUGGUGCGCCGUUGCAACCUUAUCGAUGACAGCUCUGGGAGUUUGGCAUCUGUAUCCUACAAAAGAGGCCGGAUAAUAAAGGAACCUGUUAAUCUGGAGGGAGAUAAUACAAGUCUGAUUCAUGGGAAGAGUCCAAGUGAAGUGCCGUCUCCAAAUUUUGGCAAAAACAUAUAUCGAAAACAGACUGGAUCACCAACUCUGGACACUGCUCCAAAUGGACGUUAUGGUAUUGGGUACCUGAUGGCAGAUAUGCCUGAUAUGCCAGAGUCUGAUUUGUAACUGCAGAAAAAAUACAGUGUUUGUUUCUCCACUCUCACUGAUCAUGCCUCUCCUACGAGAAGUGGUCAGCUUCACUUACUAGGGUGCGAUCUCAGGUGCUCCACAGUGACAGUCAUUAAAAUGUCAUGACUGUACGUACAGGUUGAAAAAACUCCCUUUGGAUUAAUUUUCUGGAUUUUCAUUUGCACUGAAGGGAACACGUUCAAAAUCAAUGGCAGCCUACAUCUGCCAGCACAGCCAAGAGUUUGAUUUUUUUUUAAUUAAUUUCUAAAUUUAAAAAUUUCUAUCUCUGAAGUCUGGGUUUCACUCUAAUGAUAAAGUAUUUCUGAGGUAAUAUAACUGAAAAUCCUUUUUUUUCCUGCUUUCAAGUUAACUCCCCAGUAUUAGAAGUGAGCUCAGAAGUAGUUCACCAAACCCGUGUUUGUGUAAACACUUGUAUAUACCUUAUGUAGAUAUGCUGUACUUAUUUUGUUAGCACUGAUAAUUACUUAGGCUAUUAGCUGAGUAAAAAACAAACCUGCAAACUAUUUUCUUAUGUAAUAGCUGUAUAGAGCAAUAGUACUAGAAAAUCAAGGAGUAGACUUACAGAAAGGUGAGGAAAGAUUCCCUGUUCACUGGGGACUGCAUAAACUGUGGCUGUAUAUUUUGUGUAAAAUAUUUGCUUUUUCAGUGUGAAAACAAUGUUAGAGUGAGUCACUCCAAGAAUCUUAAGGAUUGUGCAGAUUCUGCAUUUUUUUCUAUGCUGUGUGCCUAAAAAAGACCUUCUUGAUAUUUAUUGUGGUUACAAGAUUACAUAUAUAUUAUAUUUAUAUAAUAUACUUGUAAUGUAAAUAUGUAUAUUAUUCUGUAUGUAAUCGUUUCAAAAGUUGAAGCAAGAUGGCUUUUUUAAUUAGUCUCCUUCAGUUUUGCUUCUGUUUUACGCAGAUAAUUUUUUUCAGUCAGUAAUUGUUAAGAACUGUAUGGCAUUACAUUUUAACCUAUGAAUAAAGAGAUUGACAAGGUAUUUCUCUGUGAUUUCCAAAUACACUUACUAUAACACAGCCUCCUUUUCCCUCAGCUGGGCUAUCUGAAAGAAUAACAUUUACCAGCUGAAUAGAGAUGCUAAAAGAACUUGAACACAAAAAAUGCUGUAUCAGUCAUCUUAAUAAACUACUGGACAAGGACUUU